GCUGCAUUUCCCGCCGUCAGACCCACCCAUCAGAUCCUUCCUGGAUUGCUCUCUCUCUCGCUCGUUUUUUUUUUUUUUUUUUUGCCGUUAGUCUGGGAAGCCCGAGUGCGCUUGGUACUGAAAGCUGGCAACAACGCCUACUAAAGGCAAGACCCCCCCCUUCCCCAAAGUAAGAGGAAUUAUGAUCGCAAAGAAGCGCGGGCCGCCGGCGGCCCCACACCCCAGCGCCCGUCUAGCGUCUCCGGGGGAACCGUGCUGCCUGCCGGCCGGGGCUGGGUGGGGACGCGCGUGCGCAGUGCGCGCUGUUGGCCGGGCUCCCGAGUGAUGGGCGUGGGUGCUUGCUUCUGGCAGGGGCUGAUGGCAGCUUUCUCGGGCCCGGACGAGGCGGUGCUGCAGGAGAUGCUGAGGGAGUUGUUCGAGAACGUGAAGGAGAAGAUCACGGGUGCCCCCUCCCUGGAGUGUGCAGAGGAGAUCCUCUUACAUCUGGAGGAAACUGAUGACAAUUUUCACAACUAUGAAUUUGUGAAAUACCUUAGACAACACAUAUGUAACACUUUGGGCUCCAUGAUUGAAGAAGAAAUGGAAAAAUGGAUAUCGAAUCAAAAUCAGGGUGAGGAGCCUGGCUAUGACACUGUUGUACAGCAUGUUACUAAAAGAACUCAGGAAUCUAAAGAAUACAGAGAUAUGAUACAUUCCCUGAAGAACAUCAUGAUGGUUGUGGUGGGAUCUCUGGUAAACAGCUUUGAUGAAGGUGACAUACGAAGUCAAGAAAGACAGAAAAAAAUCCAAAAGGAGAAAAACAGUAGUUACUGCAUAGACAAUUGCUCUGAUAGUGAUUCAUCGUUCAAUCAGAGUUACAAAUUUUGUCAAGGAAAAUUACAAUUGAUUUUAGACCAGUUGGAUCCUGGGCAACCAAAAGAGGUGAGAUACGAAGCCUUGCAAACGUUGUGUUCAGCUCCUCCAUCUGAUGUACUGAAUUGUGAAAAUUGGACGACUCUCUGUGAAAAGCUGACCAUGUCUCUAUCAGAUCCUGAUCCUAUGUUUAGUGACCAGAUUUUAAAAUUCUAUGCACAGACAUUUACACUUUCGCCACUACAUAUGACCAAGGAAAUUUACACAAGCUUAGCUAAAUAUUUGGAGUUAUACUUUCUUUCUAGAGAAAAUAACAUUCCUACUCUUUCAACUGGCAUUGAUAUAAAUAAUCCUAUUGUGAUCCACUUACUUAAAAAGGUUCGUCUUCUAAAUGAAUAUCAGAAAGAGGCUCCAUCUUUUUGGAUUCGUCAUUCAGAAAAGUAUAUGGAAGAAAUUGUGGAGAGUACUUUGUCUUUGUUAUCAGUUACACAUGAUGAAAACCUUCUUGUCUCACAAAAUAUUUUGGAUCCAGUCUACUUUCUUGCCUUAAUUGAUACCAAAGCUGUAUGGUUCAAAAAAUGGAUGCAUGCAUAUUAUAGCAGAACUGUGGUGCUAAGACUUCUAGAAAAGAAAUAUAAAUCUCUGGUGUCUACAGCAGUUCAGCAGUGUGUUCAGUACUUUGAGCUAUGUGAGACCAUGAAAGCUGAUGGAAUUUUGGACCAUUCAAAGCAUUGUAGGAACAAACAGAAAACUUUCUACUACUCAGGACCGGAGUUACAAUAUAUAUAUUUCAUUCAUUCACUGUGCCUUUUAGGAAGACUAUUAAUCUAUACACAAGGCAGGAAACUAUUUCCUAUAAAGCUGAAGAAUAGAAACGAGUCAUUAUCCCUUACAGAUCUGCUGGUUUUAUUUAUCCAACUUAUCUACUACUCACCAAGUUGUCCAAAGACGCUGUCAGAGAAUUACUCUCCUGCAAGUAUGGUGACUGAAGUUCUGCGGAUACUCUGUGACCAAAAAGAAUGUGCAGUAGAAUGCUUAUAUAACAGCACUGUCAUAGAGGCCCUUCUUCAACCUAUUCAUAAUCUGAUGAAAGGAAGUAAAACUGUUCCAAGUUGUUCUGAAACCGCCUUGAUUCAUGUAGCUGACAUUCUGGCAAGAAUCGCAUCUGCAGAAGAAGGACUUAUUUUACUCCUUUAUAGAGAAAAUAUAAGCUCUCUCAAAGAAAAAAGUCCUACAGGUGUUCAUAUAAUUGCUCAAUUCUCAAAAAAACUUCUUGAUGAAGACAUUUGUAUUUUUUCUGGAUCAGAAAUGCUGCCCGCGGUUAAAGAGGCUUUUAUUUCUGUUUGCCGUCAAAUAUAUGGCACCUGUGAAGGCUUACAGGUGUUGAUUCCUUAUAGCUUGCAUGAAUCUAUCGCAAAAGCUUGGAGGAAGACAAGUUUGCUGUCAGAAAGUAUUCCUACUCCAGUAGAGGGCUCAGAUUCUGUUUCUUCAGUUAGCCAGGAAUCCCAGAACAUGAUGACUUGGGGGGAGAACUUGUUAGAUGAUUUGUUAAAUUUCGCUGCCACCCCCAAAGGACUGCUACUUCUUCAAAGAACAGGUGCCAUCAGUGAGUGUGUCACAUUUAUGUUCAACCGAUAUGCAAAAAAUUUGCAGGGUUAUUGCUGGGACUUGGUACCUGCACUGCUCUACCAUUCCUGGUUGGAUAAAAUCAGGAGGCAUAAGAAGUUUGGCUGUGGAGUUUUGGUUACACAAGUGGCAUCAACAGCACCAGGUGCAGCAGCACUACAAAGUUCAGGGUUUAUUAAUGCACUUAUCACUGAAUUAUGGACUACUCUGGAGUGUGGAAGAGAUGAUGUUAGAAUAACCCAUCCCAAAUCUACUCCAGUGGAUCCUAUUGAUAGAAGCUGUCAAAAGUCUUUUCUAGCCUUAUUGAACUUGUUAUCAUAUCCUGCUAUUUAUGAACUAGUAAGCAAUCAAGAUCUUCCUAAUAAAGAGGACUAUUCAUUUCGUGAAGUCCCAACAUGUAUUAUCGAUAUUAUUGAUAGACUUAUAAUUUUGAAUUCUGAAGCCAAAAUUCGUUCCUUAUUCAACUAUGAACAGUCACACAUCUUUGGUCUUAGGUUGUUAAGUGUGUUAUGCUGUAACCUAGAUACUCUUCUCCUAUUAGAAGCUCAGUAUCAAGUAUCUGAAAUGUUACUACACGCACAAGAAGAAAAUACCUUGGAGGCCUCUGAAAAUCAAAGGGAUUUUAUAAUUGAUGCCCUAUCAGUUGAGAGAAAUCAUGUUCUUGUUAGAACAAAUAUUGUUGGUGGACCAAUGGAACGAAUUUUGCCUCCAAGGACACUGGAGAAGGGUAAUAACCCAUAUCCUUGGCCAAUGUUUUCAUCAUAUCCUUUACCAAAUUGCUAUCUGUCAGAAGUUACAAAACAUGCUCAUGCUGAUAUAAAAGACAGUGAUAUUGGUAAACUUUUACUGCGCUUCAAGAUGUCUGAUAAACAAAUUGAAUGGAUUGAAAAUUGCCGAAGACAGUUCUGCAAAACGAUGAAGACCAAGCCUGAUAUAAUCAGUGGAGGUGCUUUAGUGGAACUACUUGAAAAAUUUGUGUUUCAUCUUUCUGAGAGCCCAUCUGAAUGCUAUUUUCCCUUUGUGGAAUAUGCAGCUCCUGAUGCAAAUGUGAAGAAUGAAAGUCUUUCAUCUGUGCAACAGCUUGGCAUCAAAAUGACUGUCAGGUAUGGAAAAUUCCUCAACCUAUUAAAAGAUGGUGCUGAAAGUGAUCUUACCUGGGUUUUAAAGCACUGUGAGAAAUUUCUCAAACAGCAGCAAGCUCCUGUAAAAUCUUCUCUCUUAUGCCUUCAGGGGAGUUAUGCUGGCCAUGACUGGUUUGUAUCUUCUUUGUUCAUGAUAAUGCUGGGGGACAAAGAGAAAACAUUCAGAUUUCUUCAGCAAUUCUCCAGACUUCUGACCUCUGCUUUCCUCUGGUUGCCAAGACUACAUAUUUCUAGGUACCUCCCUGUUGGCACAGUCCAGUCUGGCAUCCACCCAGUAUACUUUUGCAGUACUCACUAUAUUGAAAUGUUACUGAAGGCAGAAGUGCCAUUAGUGUUCUCAGCUUUUCACAUGUCUGGCUUUGCACCAUCACAGAUUUGUCUGCAAUGGAUAACUCAGUGUUUUUGGAAUUAUUUAGAUUGGCUAGAAAUCUGCCAUUAUAUUGCCACAUGUGUUUUCCUUGGUCCUGACUACCAAGUAUAUAUCUGCAUAGCUUUAUUCAAACAUCUACAACAAGACAUUCUACGGCACACUCAGACUCAAGACCUUCAGGUUUUCCUAAAAGAAGAACCACUGCGUGGGUUUCGAGUGAGUGAUUACUUUGAAUUCAUGGAGCUAUUGGAGCAAAACUAUCGACCAAUGCUUCUGAGAGACAUGAGGAACAUUCGAGUACAAAGUAUAUAGAUCAUAGAAUGUACAAUUUAAUUUUAUGUUUUGUUUAUUUUUUAAAGGAACUUGCUGUUCAAAACAAACAAAAUAUCCACAACAGCAAAUGUUUUAUAAAUACACAUUGUAAAUUAAAACUAUUUUAAUGUAAUAUUUAAUAGGCAUUAGUUCAGUGUGACAUUAAGUGAAUUUUAUGUUUAUUGCUUUGUAUGGUUGUUGUAGAAUAAGAUCUGACCUUUUUUAAAAUCAUUUUUGUAUUGAAGAGCUAGUUACCAUCAACAACUCCUUUAUCAGAUAAUUAAAAUAUUUUUUCAGUCAGUUUGAACAACAGUGAUAAUACUUUAAGUAAUUCUUUGAAAAGUCAAAGAAACUUCGCAACACAAGGAACUGACAGUUGUUUUCUUCAUUUUUAAAAGUCUAAACAUAUAAGGAGAAAUAGGCAAAAUCACAGUGCUUAUUUUACAUGUAGCGAAAUAAGUGACAUGCAUUAUGGUAAGUGAUAAGGAAAUUGUCCUCAGACAUAAUGGUUUCUCUAGGAAUUGCUUUUGAUUCCUAUAUCAGCUUAUAUUUGUCACCUGCAUUGUAGUUUCUGUAUGGUUCAUUUAAAAGAAAUAUUGGAUACUUUAUACUGAUAGUAUUUAUCUGUCAUUUAUGCAUUUUCUUUAGUGAUAGAUUUGAUUUGUUCUGAACUUGAAAGCAAUGAAAAGAAUAGAUUUCUAAAUUAUUUUAAAUGAGAAUAUUGUUUUCCUUAUGUAGAAAUCUGCUUCUAUGAGAUUAAGAUAGUAUGUGUGUAUCUAUUUUUAUACCAUAUUAUUCUUCUUUUACAUAUGAAAGAUGAUACACAAAUAUUAAAAUUUUAAUUAAUGAACAAUUAUUUUAGCAAUUUUAAAACUGUAAGUAGAGGUCAUUCUUUUUGUAUACAUUUAAAUAUAAAUCAACUGUUAAAACCAU